ACACGGCAGCUCAGAGGUUUUGCCGGGUCUGUGGAGCCUCAGAGAUGCCCACGGCCCCCUCUCCUGCGCUCGCCCAUCUCCUCUGUGGGUGCAACGCCAGCUCCCCACCCCCACCCCGAUACCAGUCUGGUCCUCACCAACAGGCAGGAGCUGGAGGAGGCCAGCAACCCCAGGCACCCACGAGGGAAGCGGGAGGGGGACCGCGGAGUGGCAGAAAGCCCCCAGGAUGGCGAGGGGCAGCUGACCCAGGCCGUGGUUCCUGUUCGCGCCUCCUUCCGUGACCCCCAUCCCAUGGACCUCAAGAACGUGAGCUGCCUGAGGCCUCCGGAUGCAGAACCUGAGAGCCAGUCCUUGUCCUGCCACAUCCAGGACCAAGAGGGGUCCAGCAGCAGUGGGGCGAGGAAACCGGUGGGGUACCAGCUUGGCUGAGUGGGGAGCAGGAGCCAGCCCCUACCUGCCAGCGUCAGGGACACAGUGACUCCUUCCCUUUCCAGUCUGGAAAGCCCCCUCUCUGUCCCCACCCCCAUCCUGGGCUGCGGGGCCUGGAGGAGGAGGCCUGGAGUCCCCAAGGGCAGGCCCCUGUCCGCAUCCCCACUCGGCAGUGUCAGCAGCUCGUUCCAGGCGGCUGGGACCAUGGGACUUCUGUGGACACGUGUCCUUGGAUGAAAGGGCCUCCCUCCAUUCGGGCUGCGCAGGGGUGCGGCUGUGAUUGUAGGGCGUCUCUGCCCAGUGGCUGCUGUGAUUUGAGAUCCCUGGGUGUCCUGGGUGGUUGACUCUAGGCGCUGCGGAUGGGGACGGCCGGGUGCAGCCUCUCCCAGAGGCUUCGGGCCUUGGGGGCCUUGGCUGGAGCCGCCCUCCUCUUCACCCUGUGGCUCCUGUGGCAACUUGGGCUGGCCCCCGCGAGGGUCCCCGCGCCCCCGCGAACGCUCCUCAUCCUUGUCUGGCACUGGCCCUUCGCCGACCAGCCCCCCGAACUACCCAGCAACACCUGCACCCGCUACGGCGUGGCCCACUGCCACCUGAGCACCAACCACAGCCUGCUGGCCAGCGCGGAUGCCGUGGUCUUCCACCACCGCGAGCUGCAGACCCGGAGGGCCCACCUGCCCCUGGCCAGCCGGCCGCGGGGGCAGCCCUGGGUGUGGGCCUCCAUGGAGUCGCCCAGCCACACCCACGGCCUCGGUCGCCUCGGCGGGAUCUUUAACUGGGUGCUAAGCUACCGGCGAGACUCCGAUAUCUUCGUGCCCUAUGGCCGGCUGGAGCCCCACGAGGGCCCCGCGCCGCCCCUGCCGGCCAAGAAGGGGGUGGCGGCCUGGGUGGUCAGCAACUUCCAGGCGCGGCAGCAGCGUGUGCAGCUGUACCGGCGGCUGGCGCCCCACCUGCGCGUGGACGUGUUCGGCCGCGCCAACGGGAAGCCGCUGUGCGCCAGCUGCCUGCUGCCCGCCGUGGCCCGGUACCUCUUCUAUCUGUCUUUCGAGAACUCACAGCACCGAGACUACAUCACCGAGAAGUUCUGGCGCAACGCACUGGCAGCCGGGACGGUUCCCGUGGUGCUGGGGCCCCCGAGGGCCAACUACGAAGCCUUUGCACCGGCUGAUGCCUUCGUGCACGUGGACGACUUUGGCUCGGCCCAGGAGCUGGCCUCCUUCCUGGCUGGCAUGAACUCUAGCGGCUACCGGCGCUACCUGGCCUGGCGAGACCGGCUCCGAGUGCGGCUGUUUGAGGACUGGAGCGAGCGCUUCUGUGCCGUCUGCGCCCAAUACCCCCACUUGCCUCGAGGCCAGGUGUACUGGGACCUCAAGGCCUGGUUCCAGGCUUGAGCUCUGGCCCCACGAGGAGGGUG